AGCGUAAAUCGGACCUGAAGUUAAAGGAUAGUUGCUGUCCAGAAUUUCGGAUAUGUCGAUGAACAAUGAUUCCGACGAUUAACUCAUUAACUUCAAUAUUCCAACACCGAACCUUCUCUACGAUAACUUCCGGAUGUUCCUAAUAAUCGUUAGAGAGUUUAUGGAAUAUGUGGCAUUAUGCAAUGAGAGCAUUGUGGUCGUCGAUGAUGGUAAAAAAUCAAUGCCAACAAUGGUGGAUUUCGGUAGCGCACGCACAUCAUCGCAGUGGGGUUGGAGUAGGCUAUCGGAGGAGAGAGAAGUGACCGUAGCAUGCAACAGAGACGCGGUGGUAGUGGGCCACGUUGAUGGCGGCAAGAGGACAAUGAGCCUAACUAUUCCUGAGUCUCAAUAUGUCAUGUCGUCAGCAGACUGUAGUAUUGGUGAGUACAUUCUUGUCUGGAGCAAAUCCACUUUCCUGAGCUUCUCACAUUCUCACAUUAUGGAAGGAACUUCUCGAGCUCUUCCUAAUACCAUAAGAUUCGUUGGUCUACUUGGUAGUCAUGCUCUUGGUAGCAAUCCAAGGUUCAUGGCUACAGCGGUUGAUCUAGGACGGGAAUUGGUAAGGCGAAAAAUCAGGCUUACCUAUGGAGGAGGCAACGUUGGCCUUCAAGGAGCUGUAGCUUCAAAAAUCUAUAAUAAUGGUGGUAGAGUCAGGGGUUUCAUACCAGGGCAUAUAGCAUCACGAGGGGUCUACGGACCAACAUAUAGUGCAGAGUACACAGUUUCCAGCACCUAUUGUAAGUAUUUUGAGAUGAAUCAUGUUGUGGAGGCUUUUAUCGUACUUCCUGGAGGGAUUGACACUAUGGAAGGUUUAUUCACUUUGAUCUCCUGGGCAUCAGAAGGGUUACACAGUAAACCCAUUGGUCUUUUGAACAUUGACGGUUAUUUUAAUAACCUAAUGAAGUUUCUAGAUGAUGCGGUGAGGCAGAACUUCAUGGCUUUGAAUCAGAGGAAACUGUUCAUUUCUUCUUUCUUUCUUGAUGAGCUUUUGGACAAGCUAGAGUUUGCUAUGGCUUUCCCAGGUCCUGGUUCUAUUUAUGACGAGUUUGCAAAUCCUGGAAGAUUAGACUUAGAGUUGCAUCUGUAAUAUAAUGUUAUCCAUGUACAUUAUGCGUUAGUCAUAAAUCUCGUUCUAAGCUGCAUGACCAGUGCAUUUUAGAAGAGUAUUUAUUUCCAACAUCAAUAUGUACCAUGUAAUAUUAAUCCUUUUCUUUAUCUUCCAGUCUCUCACAGUUGGUGUGACUGUUUCACAUCUUGUUUUGUACUGUAAUCUUGUUGCGACUUUUUUGCGUCAAUAGGGUAUACGA